AUGAGUAUGCUGGACCGUGUAUGCGAUGCUGCUUUACUCAAGAAUGCAAUGGAGAAACAUGUGCGUAAAUAUCUUGGCUUCUGUGGCGUCAAAGUCGACUCAGUGCUACACGACUACGUGACGGAGCUGGCAGAAUCCGUUCAGACUGCUCAAUCCACUGAAGAGCUCAGAGCGCUAGUGUUAUUGGAGGAAAUCUCGGAUAUAAACGUGCGUGCAGAUGCUACCCUGACCUUGCUGAGGUCUUCGCUCCCUCCGUAUUCGGACGCAUUGAAGAGAUCCGCCCACAACGCCACGCAAUGGAAGACAGAGCGACGUGAAGAACUGCAAGAACAUGUGCGCUUGAUGGAGAUCCAAGAGAUGCUGACCAAGUAUGGCAUGACGCAGUUCGAUAUCGCUGAUACCAAGAGCGCGUCUCGGUUGGUGUCCCACGUCUUGAACCAAGUCUCAAGACCCACAGCGUUCGUGGACGCGAUGCUUUUGGUUGACGCCUACAGCGAUCUCCGCUGCGAUCGUGCAGUGGUUCGCUUUACAGAGAAUUUAUUCGUUGAUGGUCUUGUAGACGACCCGUCAAUUAUUCUCGGCCUGCUAAAAGCUCUUGUUGCAGUGUAUUUACCCGAGCUGAAGACACUGUUGGAAGUUGCAAGCGCUACGGAGGAUGACGCGGUUAAGGCAUACGUAGACAGCUCGGACUAUUUGCUGUGCGACACACUACUCACGGAUUUACAGAGGAUCGCUCGGAUUGAGACUGAAUUUCAUCUUCUGCUUUCUAUCUCGACGCUACGAGAUCCAGAAAAGUGCGAGACGAAGCUCAAGCAGUUCAUUAAACCAGAAAUUCUGUUUGCGCAAGACGAGGAACGUGAAGACACUCGAGAGUUAACCGAUCAAGUGACGUAUGUUGGGAAAGGUAAAGGUAAGAAGCGUGCUGUGGCUUUGAAUGGAUCCGUCUCUAAUAAGAGGCAGCGAACACGCGAAGGCAUUGAGUGUCAACGUACGAGUCCUGGACUGCAGCGAGAUGACGAGAGGACGCAACUGCUCUUCGACUUGAAUCGAUUCGCGUCCGUCGUGGGGGUCAACGACAAGGUCUGUCGGUCGCUUCUCGCUCAGAGCGCGGCUACAAAUGGGUCCAUCCUACAAGCGGUGCGUUUCUCAAGAGGAUUAUUCUCCACGAGAGUCAACACUGACGUCGAUAGCGUCGAGGCACUCCAGAAAACGGCCAUCUCUCUUUCCUUGUACACGUCAAGUUACGUCAAAGACCUCUACGACACGUCGUUUCCUCGACGUCAGCUGUCUCCAGCUCAAAGAGCAAGAGCUCAAGCGCCGAUGUACACGUUGGAGUUACUGAGAUAUGCGCUGUGUAUGUGCGAGAAAGAAUCGUUCGACGAGACGUUGAUUCUCUUCAAGAAGACGAUGCUGGUGCACGAUAUCCUGCAGUACACACAGCACAACAUGGCGAACGAUAGAGCUCUGUGGACGCUGUAUCCGCGAUGGUAUCGAGGAGAUGCCUGUGUCUUACCCAGCAACGAAGCGAUGAAACUGGUGACGAGAUUUGCGAUCGCUGAACACAAAAAUCUCCGCCGAGAAGGCGAGCAUAGAGACACGAUCGCGUCCAAGCGCUACGUCUCGUACUUAGUGGAACAACGCGCUGAUCUGCUGAGUCUACAGGCGUUAUUGUCGAUGCAAGAGCUGCCUGAAGACGCCGCGAUGGUAGUGAACACGCAGAUGAGAAAGCUCUUAUCCACUGUCUUCCAAUCUCCAGAGAUCGACAACUAUCUCGCUUUAGGAUUGAUGCUAUCGAUGAGGCAAGAGGACGCGUUCCAUGCCUUUCGAAGGCAGAUUUCGCGUGAGAAUGUGGCCAAAGACUUCCAUCGCUUCCAGAAGCUUGCAUUCGUUGGUGCGGAUGCUGCUAGAGCGUGGCAACAGAUCGCGUUUCUGCACCAAUGUGUCGAGUUAGAGGGCAAUGCGAGGUGGUGGCACUACCUCAGUUUACUGGGCAUUGAGUGCGACCACAAGGCGUUCCAGAGUGAACGCAGAGACUUGGAGUACAUUCGUGGGCUUGUACCGCAGCUGAUCGCUCGAAGUAACUUUGACUUUUACACGAUUCUGGAGUUCACACGGCACUACCAGAUCGACGACAGCUACCCGUCUCUUGUGUAUACGGAAGCGCUGUUGUUGAGCGAGUGUGCGACUUUGAAUCUCGAGUAUCAGGACCAAAUCGUGGGCGUUGUUGACGACAUUCACGAGCAACAUUUGUCCAAGUUGUUGCGUAAAAGUCUCCCCAAGAUCUCGGGUCUAGACUACGAUCGACUGCUGUUUAUCUUUCGCCUGUUGCUCGAGAAGACGUCGUAUCGAGAACGUGAAGAAGUGACAAGACGAGUGCAAGUUCUGCGGACUUUAAAGGUGUUUACGGCGUCUCAAAAGACGGAGGGUAUCGACAUGAAAGUCUCGUUCCACGAGCUCCUCUCGAAGCCUCGAAAAGUGCUGUCUCGACUGGUGAAUAGUGAGAACUUUAACGCUUUGAUUGGACUGGUGGAGCCUCUCCGACUGCAGCCAGAUGAGCUACAAAUGAUGCUGUUAAAGAGUAUGAUCGCAAAGGUCAAGGCAAACACAGAGGACGGCACCAAGUUCCGUGCGUUUGAAGACAUUUUGGUCUGUUUGAGCGCCGAGAACCGCGUGACUAUGGCCGAGUGGAUCGCUGAGAACCUUCCGUUAGGCGAAGACAAGCUGGAAGCUCUGGAAUUUGCUCGAAAAGCUGCUGUAUCUGGGUCCGAAGACGCGUGUAAUACCUCGUUUACUGGGUAUGAAGCUCAAAAGCGACUGGAGACCAAGAUGUUGCGUGUGAAAGUGGAGAUGCUGCUUCAAAACUCGACGUCGGAGACGUCUAGUGUGGCUGAUGUGAUUGCUGACAAGGAUCAAACGAGUCAGUUGCUUGCGUUGGUGGCGGAACCUACGAAACUCUUCCAGGAAUUGUACAGACGAUACGCCUUGUCGUUCUACAGUCACAACAGUGACAUGCUCCACACGGUGGCUAGUAGUAUCAGAGAUCUGCUACAGUUGCCUCAAGACGACAUCCGACUUGAUUUGGUUCGCGACUGGCUCGUUGAAGACGCUCUUCAUAUCGGGAAAGAGGAUUCGAGUGCAGGUACGACAGAAGAUCCGUUUGAGCUCGUGAAGGAUGAAAAACUGCGCCAAACAGAUGAAGAAUUCGGGACAAGGAUCGUCUAUCUGACGAGUGCUAGUGUGAAGGCUGGAGACGCGUUCGGUGACCAAGUUCUGAGUCAUCUCGUCGACUUUGCCAAGGACUCGCGUCCGCGUGCUGGCGUCACGUUUCGGGCGAAGAUGAGGGCGUUGCGUGUGAUCUUGCGGCUGACCCAACUGUCCCAUGCUGCUGUCGAAGCGUUUGUCUGUACUAAGUACGGCGUUGACAGUAUCGACACGUUCUUGAAGAAAAUACUGCGACAUACGAAGCUGUAUACACACAUGAUGGCGUUCGAAGAGCAUCGAGUACCGUACGACAUGAGUCACUUGUUGCAGAGCGAUAAAGAGACCCUUGCACGUAGUUUCCUGAUGAAAUUCCCUCCGAAUCAGCCGUGGGUGUUACGAUGUGCCAGUCAACUCAUGCUUGACUUUGACGUAGCAGCUCUAGAUGUAUGGGACGAAGUGCUGACGAGCAUGUUGCAAUUGGGAAUGGUUCGAUCGCUGGCUACGAUCCUGGAGCCUCUUAGUAAAAAGCCAUUCGUACGGUCAUUGAACUGUGGUCGACACGUAUGGGAGGAGGUUUUGACCUCACCAAUGACAUAUCUCAAGCACAAAAAGCGACAAGAUAUACACAACGCGAAGGACGAAAUGGGUACUGUACGCUUUAAGGGGAUACCGAUUAGAAACGUGCGCUCAGUACUGGCGAGAGUGGUGACGCUGCUUCAAAGUUGCCCAUUUCUCGACCAGAUUGACGUAUCUGCGUUCGUAAUUCACCUGCGAGAUUUGAACGUGAUGGCGGAGAAGGAGCCGGAUGGAGCAGAUAUUGCCCGACAGCUGGGUAUGGACGACUUCGCUGUCAAGUGUGCACUGGUUAUUCCAAGUCCUCUAUCUCGCUUUGAGACGCUGGUGAGGAUGAUUCACGCGGAAGCGUACAAUUCAGUUCUGCAUGAACUACUGGACUCAUGUUUCCUUGAUGGCGAAAGUACUAUCGAGGAAGAGAAUGGAGAAGUCGCUGACACGUCUCGCUUGAUCCAAGAGUGCUUCUCUGAAGCAGCAAGACGAAAAGAUUAUUUGUCCAUUUUGAAUACUCCGAUGGAGCCGGGCUUCGUGGAGUAUCUCGCUGCUACUGCAGACAUCGAUUACCUCCUGUCUUUAUUGAGAAGCGGAUGGAGACAGCUUUAA